GUGGAUUUGUGGCAACUACAAUAUAGUGUUUGUUCGGCCUCUGGAAUAGCCUCAAUAGAUGCGAAACGGCUUCUAGAAACACUACACGCAAAAGGGAAUGUUGUAUGGUGGUGGGAAAGUUUAGAGAAAACUGAGGCCACCCUGUUUACUGUAGGUACACGGGUACCUACCUUUGUUGAUCACAACGGGGGAAAGUGACAUACAGUAGCUAUGAUGAUAGCGUCGCAUCUCCUGGCUGGCUACAGCACAGAGCUGCACAAUGAUCAAGUACAAAAAGUCGACAAGUACCUGUCCCCGCUCCGGCUGUCGGAUCAGAGCAUCAUGGAUGUGUCCUUGCGGUUUCGCCGUGAGAUGGACCGAGGCCUAUGCCGGGACACCAACCCCACAGCCGCCAUCAAGAUGCUGCCCACGUUUGUGCGCUCCACCCCUGAUGGCACCGAACAAGGCGACUUCCUGGCGCUGGAUCUUGGCGGCACCAACUUCCGGGUGCUUCUGGUGAAGGUGUCUGCCAACGGGAAGCAGAAGGUGGAGAUGGAGAACCAGAUCUACGCCAUUCCAGAGGACUUGAUGAGGGGCGACGGCUCUGAGCUUUUCGACCACAUCGCAGAGUGCCUGGCUAACUUCCUGUCCAAGCUGGGCAUCAAGGACAAGAAGCUUCCUCUCGGCUUCACCUUCUCCUUCCCCUGCCAGCAGACCAAACUAGACGAGAGUAUUCUGGUGUCAUGGACCAAGGGCUUCAGGGCGAGAGGUGUCGAGGGCAACGAUGUCGUCGGCAUGCUGAGAGCCGCAAUCAAGAAGAGAGGGGACUUUGACAUUGACAUUGUGGCUGUGAUCAACGACACGGUCGGCACGAUGAUGACAUGCGGCUAUGACGACCACCACUGCGAGAUUGGCCUCAUUGUGGGCACUGGCACCAACGCGUGCUACAUGGAGGAGAUGCGCAACCUGCAGACGGUGGAGGGAGACGAGGGCCGCAUGUGCGUCAACCUGGAGUGGGGCGCCUUCGGGGACGACGGGGCGCUGGAUGACCUGCGCACCUCCUACGACCAGGAGAUCGACGCCGGAUCGCUCAACCCCGGCAAGCAACUGUUUGAGAAGAUGAUCAGCGGGAUGUACAUGGGGGAGCUGGUGCGUCUGAUACUGGUGAAGAUGGCCAAGGAGGAGCUGCUCUUUCAGGGCACGACCACACCACAACUGCUCAACUCCGGCCAGUUCCAGACAACCUACGUGUCCGCCAUUGAGAACGAGAAGGAUAAUGAGGGUCUGCUGAGAGCGGAGGAGGUCCUUCUGGGUCUGGGUCUGCAGCCGUCUGCGGAGGACUGCAUGGCCACUCAGCGCGUCUGCCAGAUCGUGUCCACGCGGGCCGCCCACCUGUGCGCCGCCACCCUGUCUGCCGUGCUGCGCCAGAUCCGUGACAACAAGGCCGCCGAUAGGCUACGCACCACCGUGGGUGUGGACGGAUCUGUCUACAAGAACCACCCCCAGUUCUCGCGGCAUCUCCACAAGAUGGUGCGGGCGCUGGUGCCCGACUGCGACGUGCGCUUCCUGCGUUCAGAGGACGGCAGUGGCAAAGGCGCGGCCAUGGUGACGGCAGUGGCGGAGCGUCUGGCCAAUCAGCACGCGGCGCGGCAGGCCGUGCUGGACACCCUCCGGCUGAGCCGCGCCCAGCUGGCAGAGGUCAAACAUCGCAUCACAGAGGGCAUGGAGCUGGGCCUGGCCCGCAGCACCCACGCCAACGCCACCAUCAAGAUGCUGCCCACGUACGUCAGGUCCACGCCCAAUGGCACAGAACAAGGCGACUUCCUGGCUCUGGAUCUUGGCGGCACCAACUUCCGGGUGCUGCUGGUGAAGGUGCGGAGCGGCAGUAAGAAGCGUGUGGAGAUGCACAACAAGAUCUACGCCAUCCCCCAGGAGACCAUGCAGGGCACUGGGGAACAGUUGUUUGACCAUAUAGUGCAGUGCAUUGCUGACUUCCUGGAGUAUAAGGGCAUGAAGGGAGCCACCCUGCCGCUGGGCUUCACAUUCUCCUUCCCCUGCCAGCAGAACAGACUGGACCAGGGCAUCCUACUGAAGUGGACAAAGGGCUUCAGGGCAUCCGGCUGCGAGGGGCGAGACGUGGUAACAUUACUGAAAGAUGCAGUCCAUCGGCACGAGGGCUUUGACUUGGACGUGGUGGCAGUGGUGAAUGACACCGUGGGAACCAUGAUGACAUGCGGCUAUGAAGACCCACACUGCGAAGUGGGACUCAUUGUCGGCACGGGCACUAAUGCGUGCUACAUGGAGGAACUUGAGAACGUGGAGCUGGUGGAGGGCCAGGGGGGGCGCAUGUGCGUCAACAUGGAGUGGGGCGCCUUCGGGGAGCACGGCGAGCUGGAUGAUUUCUGCACAACCUUCGACCACACAGUGGACCAGAGCUCAGCCCACCCGGGCAAACAACGGUAUGAGAAGAUGAUCAGUGGCAUGUACCUGGGUGAGAUCGUGAGGAACGUGCUGCUGGAGUUCACAGCUAAGGGGCUGCUCUUCCGUGGCCGCCUCUCUGAGAGGCUCAAGACACGCGGCAUCUUUGAGACCAAGUUCCUGUCGCAGAUUGAGAGUGACCGUCUGGCUCUGCGUCAGGUGCGCUCCAUCCUGCAGCACCUGGGCCUGACCAGCAGCACGUGUGACGACAGCAUUCUGGUCAAGGAGGUGUGUGCGGUAGUGUCUCGACGCGCGGCCCAGCUUUGUGGCGCCGGCCUGGCCGCCGUGGUGGACAAGAUCCGCCGCAACCGGCACCUGGAGCAGCUGCGCAUCACCGUGGGGGUGGACGGCACACUGUACAAGCUGCACCCACACUUCUCCACCAUCAUGCGUGAGACUUUGCGUGAGCUGGCUCCCCAGUGUGAGGUGAAGCUGCUGCAGUCUGAGGACGGCAGUGGGAAGGGUGCCGCCCUCAUCACCGCCGUGGCCUGCCGCCUCCGAGACGGAGAGCAGUAGGACCAGCUCAACUGCCGACACCGCACCGCAAGGCACCCUGACACGCCAUACCACAACUACCCACACCGCACCG